UCAAGCAGGCAGCAGUUUGUGUUUGCCUUCAAGUGUUGAAGCAAAGAAGGAAAGGAGAUCUAGGGAAGUGAAGGUGUUGUGUGUUUUGACCUCUUCCAAGACGUGGUCUUGAUUAAUCUUCUCCUCUUCCACUUCUUACCACUUUCAUGCCACCAUACAACUAAAAGGCUAACCGUCAAGAUGCCUGCUACUUCAGCUGCGGAUACAAUCCGGAUUAUGAUCUCGACAGACAAUCAUGUCGGAUACGGAGAGCGCGACCCAAAUCGAGGAAAUGAUUCCUGGGAAACUUUCGACGAAAUCAUGACCAUGGCCAGAGAACGAGAUGUCGACAUGGUUCUCUUGGCUGGUGAUUUGUUCCAUGACAAUAAGCCAUCUCGCAAAGCCAUGUACCAUGUUAUGCAGUCACUUCGCAAGAACUGUUUCGGUGAGAAGCCAUGUGAGCUUGAGAUGCUCAGUGAUGCGUCGGAAGCCUUCCAAGGCGCUUUCAACCAUGUCAACUACGAGGAUCCGGACAUCAAUGUCGCCAUUCCGGUCUUCUCGAUCCACGGCAAUCACGAUGACCCAACUGGAGACGGUCACUUGGCGUCUUUGGACCUGCUGCAGAUGGCCGGCAUGGUCAACUACUACGGUCGCACUCCCGAAUCUGACAACAUCAGCAUCAAGCCUGUAUUGCUUCAAAAAGGUCGUACGAAGCUCGCACUUUACGGCAUGAGCAACGUUCGCGAUGAGCGAAUGUUCCGCACCUUCAGAGAUCAGAAAGUCAAGUUCUUCCAACCUGGCACGCAGACAGGAGAAUGGUUCAAUCUCAUGAGUGUCCACCAAAACCAUCAUGCAUAUACCGAAACUGGCUACCUUCCCGAGAACUUUUUACCAUCGUUUAUGGAUCUGGUCAUCUGGGGACACGAACAUGAGUGUCUCAUCAACCCUCGCUACAAUCCUGAGCAGACAUUCCAUGUCAUGCAGCCUGGUUCUUCCGUCGCCACAUCUCUCAUGCCUGGUGAAGCAGUACCAAAGCACGUGGCGAUUCUCAGUAUUACUGGCAAAGAAUUCAAGUGCGAUCCAAUUCGCUUGAAGACUGUUCGACCUUUUGUGAUGAGAGAGAUUAUUCUUCAGGACGACCCGCACAUGAAGCGCCUUGCUAUGAAGGACGACAACCGUACAGAGGUUACCCGCUACCUAACAACCAUCGUCGAAGACAUGAUCAAAGAAGCUGACCAAGCCUGGCGUGAUGCUCAGGAGGAGGAUGCCGAGGAGCAAACGCCACAGCUGCCCUUAAUUCGUCUUCGCGUCGAGUACACGGCUCCAGAAGGAGGUCGCUUCGACUGUGAGAACCCACAACGUUUCUCCAACCGCUUCUUGACCAAGGUGGCGAACGUCAACGACGUGGUCCAGUUUCAUCGCAAGAAGACAGCCACAAGCAGAAAGAAGGAGCAGCCCGACAUGCCAGAAGAAGCAGUCCUGCAGCAGCUUACGCUAGACACCGUCAAGGUUGAAAAGCUCGUGAAGGAAUUCCUCACAGCCCAGUCUCUUACCAUCCUCCCGCAAAACUCAUUCGGUGACGCAGUCAGUCAAUUCGUGGACAAGGACGACAAGCAUGCUAUGGAAGCAUUUGUUAACGAAAGUCUUGCAAGUCAAUUGAAACAUCUACUCAGCGGCGAAGUCAGCAUCGAAGACGAGGAUAUGCAGGAGGCAAUGGAGACGUACAAGACACAGCGCGAAGAACUGUUCAGCAAAGGCAUGUUGAAGCGUGCUGUUAGCAAGGGCAAGCUUAAGCCCAAGCCCGCCAACUGGGAUUCUGAUUUGGAUGGAGAAUGGGCAGAGCAGCCUGCUGCGCUGAUUCAGUCCGACAACGAUGCCGCAGAGGAAGAAGAGGAGGUUGGUCAACCAAAGGCCAAGGCUACUCGAGGCAGAGGUGGCAAGGCCACUGGCACAACGCGAAAGACUGCUGCUGCCACAAAGAAAGCAGCGCCUGCAAAGAAGACGACGACUCGCGCAAGGAAAGCACCGAUCGAAGAGGAGUCAGACGAGGAGGAAGACGACGACGAUGUUAUCAUGCUCGAUGAUGAAGAGAACGACGUUCCUGAUGUGGAUGACGAUGAGGACGAUGAUGACCUGUUCGUCAAGCAAGCUCCAAAAAAGAGAGCACCUGCCAAGGCGUCAGCAAAGUCGACAUCCAAACGUGCUGCUUCACCACCGAAGCGCAAGGCGCCAGCUCGUAGCACCGCAAAGGCCCCCACCGGUAGACAGACGACGUUGAGCUUCUCUCAAACCCCUGCACCAUCGCAAGCACGUGCUACCGGAGCUCGUGUUGGUCGCAAAGCUCCAGGACCAAGCGAGGAUGAAAUUUCUGAUGAUGACGAUGCGUUUGAACCACCUCCUACCGCUGCACGCUCUGCUGCACGUCGCAAGUUCUGAGGGUUCACUUGUUGUGAGUAUGAUGCUGCACGAUCGCUUGAGACGCUCUCAAUGGAUGCAGACCUACUCUGGAAAUUUUACUUGCAUUUUUACAGUAACAUCGGAACGGUUGCAUGGCAUGGGAGAUAAAUGCAUAGCGUAUGGAGUCUGGUGGGAGUCUGCUUGGGAUGAUGAUUUGCUCUGACAUACAUUUCUUUUUAGCUCUUUUAAGCAUUAGAGGAAGAUCGCGAUACCCCAGACUGUUCGACCCAGCUCUGUGGUUCUGGGAAAGGGUGGCCAUCAAUGUUGCUGUCAUAAUAUCCGGGGUAGGUAUACAAAGAAGGUGCCAUUAACCUAACUCGGACAAUGCAUUCUCUCUUUCCCUGAAUCCUCCUCUCGCAGGCAGCUGCGAUGCUGGCAAGAACGUUCAACAUGUCGUUCGCCCCUCAUUUAG